CCUCGACCUCACUUAAAGAUGCGGAGCUGCUCUCCGCUACCGAGCGAGAAGGAUUUCAAGCUGCCCAUCAAAGACUAGGACGGACGAGGCAUCGACUGCUUGGUGAUGACAUGCUCGUCCACCGGCGUGGCUUUAACUUCGACGUGAACUCGACCUGCGAGCGUUACGCGACAAGACAAUAAACUGAGUCUCACGUCUUCCUCAGCAGCUGGACGCGUGGAUCAGCUGACCGUGGACCUCCUCGCUCCCUUCUGACAUCCAGCGUCAGCAGCUGGCGCCUUGAAGAUGAUCAACCAGCAGAUAUACCUCCACUACAACUUCACAGGAAAGCUGGACCACCGCGACACCGGCGGCCUGAGCCCCGGCACCGGGGAUCCCACAACCGUGGUGCUCCUGGUGGUCUGCUGCUGCGUCAUCGUCCUGGAGAACCUCACCGUGCUGGUGGCCAUAUGGAGAAACCACCGGUUCCACAACCGCAUGUACUACUUCAUUGGCAACCUGGCGCUGUGCGACCUGCUGGCCGGAGUCGCGUACCUGGUCAACCAGCUCCUGUCAGGGGAGAAGACCUUCGAGCUGUCGACCACUAUGUGGUUCGUAAGAGAGGGAAGCACGUUUGUGCCACUCAGUGCAUCCGUUUUAAGCCUCCUAGCGAUUGCCAUAGAACGGCAUCUGACUAUGAUCAAAAUGAGGCCCUACGAUACCAAAAAGAACUACAGAGUGUUUCUGCUCAUUGGGAUCUGCUGGGUUAUUGCCAUAUCUCUGGGAGCUUUGCCCAUCCUAGGCUGGAACUGCCUGGACAACCUCCCGGACUGCUCCAUCAUCUUCCCUCUCUACACCAAGAAGUAUUUGGCCUUCUGCAUCACACUUCUCAUGGUUCUGCUCGUAGCCAUCACCGUCCUCUACGUCCGCAUCUACGUCCUGGUAAAAUCCAGCAGCCAAAAGGUGAGCAAGCACAGCACCUCGGAGCACGCCAUGGCCCUGCUGCGCACCGUCACCAUCGUGGUGGGGGUCCUCAUCGCCUGCUGGAUGCCCAUCUUCGUCCUGCUACUCGUGGACGUGGCGUUUGCGAAGGGCUGCCCCGUCCUCUACAGGGCCGACUGGUUCAUAGCCGUGGCCGUGCUCAACUCGGCCAUGAAUCCCGUCAUCUACACCCUGGCCAGCCGCGAGAUGAGGCGCGCCUUCCUGGGCCUGGCGUGCGGCGCCUGCCGCGGGGGCAAGGCGUCGGCCGGCGACAGCGGCAACCGGCGGUCCCUGGAGCCCAGCCGCAGCAGGAGCAGGUCGUGGAGCAGCCAGAACAACCCCAACCAGCCCAGCUCCAGGCCGUCGCAGGUGGAGGAGGAGCAGGGGACGGACACGGCGGACAGUGACGUGUUAGCGGUGGCGGACGGGGCCACACCGGCCCCCCAGGAGAUCAGCAAGUAAUCUACGUCCUUAUACAUAUAAGGCAAUCCAACAAUAAGUGCAUUAAAUGUCCACAUUCAGUAUGAAUAUGCAGAAUCAUAAGCUGUGCAGUAUUUCCUUACUCAUGAAAUGAAUGGUGCUGGUGCUCAUAUGCAUGUAGCUACCUUGGUAAAAAAAAAAAUCACUUCACUUAAUAAAGCGAGGUGUUAUAUUGUUACAAACAUGAUAGAAUUUGGAAUGCCUGUAAACAAUUGCAUGUAAAAACAAAUUAUUUAUUACUCUGUUAUGUUUUGCUUUGGUAUCUUAUCAGUUAUAUGGUAUGUUGGGUAGUUACUGGAAUAACAACUGCUUUGUAAGUGGUGAAUUUGAGGGAGAGUCUUCCACCUUUUUUUGUAUCUUGUCGAAAAUGAAACAUUUCUGGUUAACGCCACAUUAGUAGCAUCUGUAAUGUACUGGCGCCAUCUGCUGGUCAAUAGUGGGAGUGAACGCUGCUGCAUGAGUUUUGAAUAAAAUUGUGAACGUGUCUCUGGA